GCUGCAGCCUUUAACCUUCGGGAGGGACAAGGGGAGCUGAGUGUUUGAGGAGGAGGUUAAUCCUGUGCCUCUGGCAGGGGGUGUGGGAGGAGGCCACUCGGCCCACUACAGCCGUGCUAGCAGGUGCGGGGUGAUGGCCGCGGCCGAGCUGCUGUCCCUGGAGCAGCAGCUGUCGUGCUCCAUCUGCCUGGAGGUGUUCACCGAGCCGGUCAACCUGCCGUGCGGGCACACCUUCUGCCUGGGCUGCAUCGACAAGAACUGGCAGCAGAGCCCGGCCAGCGCCUGCCCCCAGUGCCGGGCCACCUUCACCCCCAGGCCUCCCCUCCGCAAAAACAUCGUGCUGUGCGGCAUCGUCGACGAGUUUAACCGCCUGGGCCAGGCGCAGGCCCGGAGGCCGGAGCCGGAGCAGGCCUCAGCCUCGGCCUCGCGUGUGCCGUGUGACCGCUGCGGCGACGCCAAGGCGGUCAGGUCGUGCUGGGCCUGCCUGUGCAGCCUGUGCGAGGCCCACCUGCGGCCCCACUACCAGGACGAGCCGCAGUACCGCGGGCACCAGCUCACCGAGCCCGUGGCCGGCCUGAGCCGCCGCCGGUGCCCGCUCCACGGGAAGCUGCUCGAGUUCUUCUGCCGCAGCGACGGCGCCAGCGUGUGCGGCCUGUGCAUCCUGCACCAGCACCGGGAGCACACCGUCCUCGGGGCCGACGAGGAAGCCGCCCGCCUUAAGAAACUUCUUCAGGAAGAAAAAAUAAGAAGGCAGAGUCAGAUUGAAGAUAUCAAUACAUCAAUUAAUAAAUUAAAAGAGAAUGUUACUUCCAUCAAGGAAACAACAUUCCAGGUGAGGUCUGACAUCGAUAAGCACUUUGGUGAUCUGAUUAACUGUAUUAAAGAAUCUCAGAGUAUUGCAACAAACAUUAUCGACAGUGAGGAGGCUGUCGCCUUGGCCCAAGCUGACAGUAUCCAGAGCUGGCUGAACCAGAGGUGCAGUGGGCUGACCAGGAAGACUGAUGAGAUAGACCGCCUGUUGAAAGCUGACAAUAUCCAACUCUUGAAGGAGUUUCAAACUCUAGAAGCAAUAGAGAUGGAUCUGGUGUUACCUACGUUAGACACAGACAUUGAUAAGCAGCUCUCCAGUUUGAAGAGCAUCGUUCUCGAACUGACUACGAGUAUUAUGCAGCAACUGCAGGAGGCCCACAAGGAGAAGCUACCUGCAAUCAAAGAAAAUGGUCCCUGGGCUAAUAGUCAACCUCCCAAAUUAAAUCAGUCGUGCAGUUCAACAGCUGGAGCAUCUUCCCAAAAGAUUGAUUUCCAGUCCGUAUCAUCCGCUAGUCUUGGUGGCACUCCUCAACCUUUAAUACCAUCUAUCCCUCGAGGUUUUUGGUCAAUUCCAGCUGCUCCAGUAACUGCUGAUUUCCAGCCUGUGUCAAAUCCUACUCCGCAUGUCACCCAUCAGCAACCUAUAAUCCCAUCCCCAGGCCUGUGGGCGAUGGUAACUCCUCAGAUAAAUGCUGCUUUCCAAUCUUUGCCGAAUGAUGCUCAUAGGGUCAUGUCUUGGCCUCCUCCAACCUCCAUGACCAAUAAUCAUAGUCUUCGGGGAUUCCCAGACAAUCAGCAAAGAGGUAUGGUACUGAGUGGCCAGUACAGUAUUACUCCAUGCAGAGCUCCUCUUGUCCCGGCAUUGCCUCAACCAACUCGGGUUAGACGCCAGCAAUCUAGUACAUGUGUUAAGGAGCAGGAACCUCUAACAGCUGCAAUGCUUUCGGCACUUCCAUUCAAGGAACAGAAGCAGCUGUUGGGUGAGCGUCUUUUCCCCUUGAUAAAAACCCUACACCCUUGCAUGGCAGGAAAAAUCACUGGAAUGCUGCUGGAGUUGGAUAAUGCGGAACUGCUACGGUAUUUGGAGUGCUCGGAUUCCCUUCGGUCAAAGGUUGAUGAAGCUGUGGUGGUUUUGCAGAGACAUCAGGCUCAGAAAGACUUCCUUCAGAAAGCAAAUGUGGCUACCUCGAAACAGAAGAAAUGAGUUGGUGGGACAGCUGUUGCAGUCAGAGUGCUGCAGUUUGCACCAAGGAGCUGAUGUGUGAUUAGUUUACUGCAAGGUCUCUGCUGCAAAGUGGAUUCACACACCACUCUUGCAUUUCCACAGUUUGCAGUGGUCGAAAUCUGAUGACUCGCAGGUGAAUUUGGAAGCCAGUUGACGUUAAUCAGAUAUGUAGCAAACAAAAACUGCCCAUUGUCCAGCACUGGUUAAUGCUGGAUUCUCAAUCUCACUUGGAGAGGCCAGGUGUAUAACUAAGGAUGGAAUUAUCAUGAUGUACUGGGAGAUGUUUGAGACCGGAGUUAAGAUACACUGUUGAAGUGCAAAAAACACCAAGCCUAACCCUGCAUUAAAACUGAAAGUGCUGGUACUGGAUGUGAUAAAAUGAAAACUUGUACAUUCCCCAGUACAGAAAUUCUUCGUUUUGACUAAUUCACCUUUAAAAAUGAGAAUUUUUAAUAGAUGUAUAUAUUUUUUUGAAAGCCAUAAGUAGAAUCAGUUUUUUUUUACUUUGACCUUUUGGCUGUGGCACCAUCAUUCCUCAGUACAAAACACAUUUUGUAAGUACAGUUUUAAGAUUGUUUUAUACUGUGAAAUACAUGUUAGUAUUUGGAGUCAUAAAUUUUUGUCUGAGUCAUUGGAAGGUUUCCAAGCAUGUGUAGCUGCACAGCUUAGAGAGAACAUUGAUGGAAGUGAUUUUCCAUGAGUUUGGCCAAUUAGUAGCUAGAAUUUGGCCAUGCCAUCCAAUUAAGGAGGCGGGCAGACUUUCAAGUAUGCAGACUUUGGAAUAUGUAGCUAUUUUUCUCACAACAGAAAGAGGGGCAGCAGGUUCCCUCCGUCCCUGUCUUUUAAAAAAAAAUUGUAAUAGCCAAUUUGGCUAGACAUGUUUGAUUAUUUCUGACUGGGAUAGAAGCUGCAGAGUCUCAGGCAUGGAAAUGCCCAGAAUAUUCAGUGCCAGUAUACGCCAGAGCAACUUUGUUCCUUUCCAGGUUUCCUUUUAUUGCAAAGUCAUUCCAUUUAGAACUUACCGUCCAUCAGUUACACAGUUGUCAGCCUCCAGUCUGAUUGCUGCGGAUGUUUUGAUUAACUACUUUUUUGGUUAACAAACGGAUGAAAAACCCAUAUAAUUGUGUCAUCGAAUUGAACUGAGCUCCGUGGUUCUGAGGUACUCGGGCUGAAUUUUCCCACAAUGUAAGCAGGGCAGUGUCCUUUUGACUAUUUGUUUGAACAAUUGUUGGGAUGCUGGGCCUAUCAAACAUUAAAUGUUUAUGAUUACAGUUUGUGAAACAAAGAUGCCCAGGGUAUGAUGUGAAUGCUUUGUACUGGUGUUUGUGAGAUGCUAAUAAAUUAUUCUGAAUACUUGACCCAAUUUUUCUGCUAAAUGGAGACCUCAGCAGCUGUACUCAAUGAUAGCAUAGGCACGGAAAUAUUUUUCGCAAGGUAAGUGUGUGUUUUAUUGUCAGUCACAUAUUUGUACCCAAUGCUGCCUCUGUGUGUUUAUAUGAAGUGUGAUUUAUUUUUAAA